AAACCGACACCAAGUCCGAAUCUAUCUUCUUCAUCAAGAAAGCACCUAGCAUAAAACUCCGUUUUCCACUUUUCCGUCUCGGAGCUGGAAAAUCAACCUAAAAACCAAGGAUUUGUAUUGAAUUCUCUUGCAUUCAUUUCAAAAUUCGAUCGCGUUGGCCGGGAUCGUUUCGUUGCGGCUAUUUUCGCAUUCUUUAUAUUAUGGCAUCCGUAGCAGUAGCAGGGGUUGCAGUUGGAGCUAGUGCUCUAGGUGCUAGAUACUUGCUAAGGGCAUGGCAAGCAUUCAAAUCCAACCCACGGGCCCGUAAUUUUUACCAUGGGGGGUUUCAACAAGCCAUGAACAGGCGAGAGGCCGCAUUGAUUCUUGGAGUAAGGGAGCACGUUGCCUUGGAAAAGAUCAAAGAGGCUCAUAGAAGAGUGAUGGUAGCAAACCACCCUGAUGCUGGGGGCAGCCAUUACCUUGCUUCAAAGAUCAAUGAAGCUAAAGACAUCUUGUUGAAGAAAUCAAAGGCGUCUGAUUCUGCAUUCUGAUGGAAUCUGCAAUAACAUGGAGAAAUGCUCUGUGACACCAUUUUUUGGUGCUGAUUGAUAAUUGGCAUUGAUUUUGUGAUGUGGACAUGUUUCUGAGGAGUAGAAUAUGUUAAUGCGAAAUAUUAUUUUUUUGUUUGUAUUGAUAGAAUGUGUAGGAGUUAUUUGUGCAGCUAAGAAAGUUGUAUUUUCUGUU